GUGUCACACUUAACAAAAAUUGUACUAAAAUAAGCUGGGGAAGGACUGUGAAGCUCAGGGAGAAUCGCAAAGCCUGGGUCUGGAAGCACCGGAGUGCAGAGUGCUGACAGCAGCGUGCUCCGUCGUGCAAGUUUGCAGGGAGCAUUUCUUCUUGGCACCGACACAGCAAAGUCUUCACUCCUGACACAGAUGUUCCUCCAGCAGCUCUGAAGUAAGGCUGCUUGCCGGAUACCAUGCCAUGCCCGGGGGGUAGUGGUCCACCUCAGCCUUACAAGUUGACUCACUACUGAUUAUCCAGUGCUUAGAGAAGCAUGAGAUGCGGGGCUAUAUCUAAUAAUUCUGUCUCAGCUAGGGUGGCUGGUGGAUUGCCACAGCCCAGUGCAACGUCGCUUUGCACCACUGCAACUUUCUUCAAAGCAAACUAUUGGUAAAAUCCUCUCGUUUCCCUCUGAUCACGAGCUGGUGUGACGACUGGAAUGAUUUGCCUGUUGGAAGAAUGUUGACUCUAGAGUGGGAGUCGGAGGGACUGCAAACAGUGGGUAUUGUUGUGAUUAUAUUUGCAUCUCUGAAGCUGCUUCAUUUGCUGGGACUGAUUGAUUUUUCUGAAGACACUGUAGAAGAUGAAAUGGAAAUGGCCACAGUACGACAUAGACCUGAAGCUCUUGAGCUGCUGGAAGCACAGAGUAAAUUCACAAAGAAGGAACUUCAGAUCUUAUAUAGAGGUUUCAAGAAUGAAUGUCCCAGUGGUGUUGUCAAUGAAGAAACAUUCAAAGAGAUUUACUCUCAGUUCUUUCCACAGGGAGAUUCCACAACUUAUGCACAUUUUCUGUUUAACGCAUUUGACACUGAUCACAAUGGAUCUGUAAGUUUUGAGGAUUUUGUUAUGGGUCUCUCAAUUUUACUCCGAGGGACAGUACAGGAGAAACUCAACUGGGCUUUCAAUUUGUAUGAUAUAAAUAAGGAUGGAUAUAUAACUAAAGAGGAAAUGCUUGAUAUCAUGAAAGCAAUAUAUGAUAUGAUGGGGAAAUGCACUUAUCCUGUUCUCAAGGAGGACGCGCCUAGACAACACGUGGAAACAUUUUUCCAGAAAAUGGACAAAAACAAAGAUGGAGUAGUGACCAUAGAUGAAUUCAUUGAGAGCUGCCAGAAGGAUGAGAAUAUAAUGCGAUCCAUGCAGCUCUUUGAAAAUGUGAUAUAAAGAAGGCAUUAGGUCAACAUCUAAUGGACAAACAUGAGCUAUUCUGCAAUACUAUCCAAAAGAUGGAUUUCCCACUUUACCGUAAAUAAAAUUACUCAGCUUCAUACUGAGACAUGUAUUAUGCAAAUAAGUCUUUUUUUAUUAGGAAGUUUCCUCCCCACAUCUUUUCAAAUUAUACUAUUUAGCAUCUCAACAGUGCAUAUGUAACAAGAUUGUUCUGAAAAGUCAGGUUUUUAUUUCAAAACCCCCAAAAUAGGACCUGACUUUAUGCAGCUUUAUUAUCAUUCCAACCCCUAGAUAAAAUAGAUUUAAUCUCACAAGGAGAUUAAAUAAAUACUCUUAGUUUUGCUACUCAUUUGUACUGGAUUCAGCUCCAGGUGUUUGAGUGUAUUUAUUAAAUCUCAGUUUCUAAUUUAUACAGAGGCAUUACCAUGUAUUUCCUUUCCACAUUUGUAUAGUGUAGUCCUCAGUUUUUAAAUAAUAAUUUAACUUAAUGUGCUAUGUGCAAUGCACAGCUUGCUGCAAUUGCCUUCCACCUUUAACUUGCUUCUCUCCUCUUCGAAAAAGAAGACCAAAACCCCAAACCUAACAAAAUAAAUAACUUGAGAGGAAGAGAUGUUAUGUAACACAAACUUAAAAAUGAUAAUUGCUUAGGUAGAUUUAUUCCCUAA